AAAACGUUUUCAAGAGGUUGUUGGACUCUGAUGAUAAAAGGGAAUGGUAGUUUUGACUCUUCAUUAAGGGGUUAACACAAGAUAUGAACAAAAUCUACGUAAACGAUCUUGACAAAGUCUUUAACAUGUUGUUGUGGUUGUAGCUAGAAAGCUUGAUGACCUAAAAAAUUUACAAGAUGGUAUGGUAUGAGCUGUAUAGUUUUUCACUUUUUUCUUGGUUCAAGCUAAGAGACUAAAGAAGCCAAGUUGUCAGCCUGUGACUGUGUCUGGUUGGUGGUAUGAUGGCUAGACUGUUUUGUUUUGACUCAUCAACCUUACCUUAGUGGUGCCAUGUGUGGGUAAAAGGGACAUGAACAAGGUCCAAAGAGGUUUGAUUUUGAUUGAAUUCUUCUAUAUACAGGAAUAAGUAGUCAUUAUAUCACAGUGGAAAAUCCCUAAUUGAGUUCAGAAAUAAACAGAUAUUGAACACAGGAGCUUCGCCUGCGACUUGUUGACUGGGGCUAAAACUAAGUCUAGUGUAUUAAAAAAAUGGUUGGAAAAUUGUUUUCAGCGCCAACCAACAUAUUGCAACGUGGGGCUGAUACCUGAAGCACUCUGUAUAUUUUUAUUUAUUUCUUUCUUUCUUUCAUACUACUAGUUUCUUUUACAAUUGUUUUGAUUGGUACAACGUGAAAGAAGCUCCGAGCACAAGGUUGAAAGAUACAACUGUCCUGACCAACUUCACGACAGCGCCAGCUCAUAAACAGCUGAUACCCAAACGUCUCAGACACUUGUGGCCCAUGCUAAUACCAAAGAGUAGGCCCGAUGAACGGCAGCCAUAGUCAGCAUUACAUAUCUUUUCUCUCAUGACAGUUGGUUUCUUUGCGUUCCAGGGCUUGUAAACAUUUCAUGUCCAAGGGGACUAAGGGGUUGCCGAUAGAUGCUGAAUCUAAUUUACGAUUUCACAUUGUAUUAAUAAACUAACUUUUCUUGGCUAUAAAAAGAGAAUUAAUUAAGUAUGACACCUUAAACAGGAAAGACCAGCUUGUGGGGGCCUGCUGUCGAUCUUGCGUGGGUGUUAGGCCUUUUUCUUGCAGAUCUUCUUUCUUAGCCUUCAUGUUUUAUUCUUGGUUUGGGCCUUGUAGUUAGACCUUCUUCAGAGUUCAAUAUCAUUCUUAUGGUAGUUGCAGAAAAUCAGCUCUAUGGCCCAGUUAACUAGUGGCCUCAUUGCAAAGGCAAGAGCGGAGAUUGCUGUUGAAAGCGUUUGUUGGCAGUAAGUUGCUCGAUCCUUUUCUUGUUUUCCACCAUAUCCACUAUAUGAUUGCAUGGAACAACACCCACCAUCAUCCAGAAAAUUUUGUAAGGAAAUUUGCUGAAACAUUUGGUUGACCUCUUUCCCUUUUGGGAAAAUCCAACUACUUGAUUUUGUUUAUUUGGAUAAAGAAAUUCAAAGAAAAUGGUUUAUCACUCUAGUUUUGUUGAUGAGGAAGGAAUUACUAAAGCUUGCGGAUGUCCUUUACUUCCUUUGAAAAGUCAUAUAAAGGGUCCUGCUCCUGUUUCAGAUCAAGAUAAAACUGAUAUUGUUGAUGAAGCAAUCACAUUCUUUCGUGCCAAUGUGUUCUUUAGGAACUUUGAUAUUAAGAGCCCUGCAGAUAAGCUCCUAAUAUAUUUGACUUUCUACAUAAAUGUGGCUCUGAAGAAACUUGAGGGCUGUAGAACCUUGGCUGAAGGGACCAAGGCAAUCAUUAACUUGGGCUUGGAAAAGGUUCCUGUACCUGGAGAAUCUGGUUUUCCUUUUCCAGGGCUGUUUGCGCUUCCACAGUCUCAAAAGGAAGCAGAACUGCUCAGGAAUUAUCUGAAGCAAAUAAGAGAAGAAACAAGUGGGAGACUGUUGAGUGUCGCCUAUAGGCCCAAUGGAACUCCAAAUAAAUGGUGGUUGGCUUUUGCAAAAAGGAAAUUCAUGAACAUCAUUGUUCCAUGAAAAAAAAAAAAACGUUGUAUAUCCUAUCAAAAGUAACAUGGAAAAGCAUGCUGACUUUUGAUAUUAUAAGAUGAUAUGUUUUGAAUGUCUGUAACAUAAUUAAGUUUUACAUUUCUUCAGAUUCUUUUGAUGGAAAUUAGUAUUUUCAUUGACUUGAUUGCUUCAUGAAACAAGGGAGCAGAAUAAGGGUCAAUUUGGCUUCAUACUCUGCUUCGUGGUAUUAAAAUUGGUUAUGCGUUUAAAUC